AUGGAUUUUCAUCCCCAAAUUAGAGCGUUGGAUGUGGUAGAAACAUUCUGGGAAACGUUCAAUGAACUUGGUAAUGUCAUAAUUUUAAAUCCAAUCAUUGUUAAGUCUUCUUUUCCUAUUAGACUUGAAAUGGUUAAAGAUGCAGCAGAAAAAAUGACGCAAAGACAUCAAUCAUUAAGAGUGAGAAUAGUUUCAAAAAUAACAAGUAACGAAGGAAGAAAGACACUAAAGAGAUAUUUUAUAGAUCUUUGUGAUAACGUCGAAGUAAUAGUCCGAGAAGAAUUUCAAUCUAAAUCAGACAAUCAAAACAAAGAGUUUGAAGGUGAGCCAGUUUGGGAAAAUAUGUUGGUAAAAGAACAGAACGAAUUUUUUGAAAAUGAAAAUUCACCAUUAUGGAGAAUUAGAAUGAUGAGUCUUGGGAAAAGCGAAGAUAUAUACAAAACAUGUUUUGUUGGGAGUUUUCACCAUGCAAUAAUGGACGGUCUAAGUCGUCAAUAUUUUUGGACAGAAUUGUUAGGUUUAUGCGCUCUUUCAAAUGAGUUUCCAGAUAUUGCUAUUCCAAAAAACAGACCCACAAACCUUCCAAAGAGUGUUUGUAAGUAUUUUCCCUCUUCAUUAAAGGUAAGACUGCUUAAACCAUUUUACUCAUGGAGGGCAACGGCAACACAUGGAGUAUGUUUGUAUAGAAAGUUGGUGGCACCAUUUGAAAAUCCAUGUAGCCUUGAGAUUUCAAGAGAUUUAUAUGCAGAUUUUAAAAAGUCUCCCAGGACAAGUAUUUUACCAAUAAAGAUUUCAAAGGAACUACUUAAAAAAUUAAUGUCAAAAUGUAAGGAAAGAAAGAUUCAGUUAAAUGGUGCAAUAGAAGCAGUUUCAGCUUUGGGAUUAAUGGGGUUAAUUUAUGAGUUAAGAGAAAAUAGAAUGAAUCGGGGCUCUGGAGAUAUUUCUGAGCUAAAGGACUAUGAUAAAUCGCCAGAAAGUCAAGAAUUAACUUCAUUAAAAUUAAAUUGUAUGAAUAAUUGUGCUCCUUUCAACAUUAGAGGAGGAGAUUGCUUUAUUCAAGGUGGUGACGGUAAUAAGAUGAUUCCAAUUAGAACAAUGGUUGCAAUUAAUUGUAGGAGAUGGGUAACUAAAGAUAAUCCUUCAUUAUGUCCAGAAACAAGCAAAGUAAUUGAAGGAGAUUUGAUGAAUGUGUUGGAAGUGAUGCAGAAUAGUAAUAAUAGCGAAACAACGACCACAACCACUCUUACGGAUAAGAAUGACGAGUUUGUGAUUAAGAAUCAUUCAAAUGAAAACCCAAAUUCAAAUUAUGGAGAUGAAAAUAUAUCUUCAUUGGAAAAUGCCGAGUUUAGUGAGGUUUCACACAGAAAUAGAUCAAGAAGCCACAAAAGUCAUUCUAAGGAGUUCUUUAAUAAUUUAAGCAAGAUAAAUAUGUCCUUAACAAAGUUGGGCUCACCAAAUGGGGAGAAGAUGAGCUCAUCGUGGUUCAAGAAGGCAGUUUCUAAAGUAAUGAGCCCUAAAAAUAGAAAAUCUAAACAGAUUAAGACUGUUGGGCUAGGAUCAUAUGCAGUUCUUAUGGGAUUAGACAUGAAAGUUGAGAAGGACUGUAUAACAAAUACUGAAAAAAUGUGGGAGUUGGCUAAUAAUACAAACAAGAAAAUACAUUCAAUAGUGGAUUCAAAAGAUCCAUCAGCCGUAACAUUUGAGUGGCAUGUGAUAAGUGGUUUUAUACACGACCUAGCAAACUCUCCCACAAGGUCUGAUAAAAAUAUGUUGCUGAUGCAACUUGGAGACCCGACAAUUAGACCUUCUUCAUUCUUAGUUAGUAAUGGAGGUUUAUGGGAUUCUAGCCCGUUGAAAGAGCUGGUUAAGAAGAUAAAUGCAAUUACAACUGAGCAGGAAGUAAUGAUGGAGGUAGAAUCAUCAUACAGUUGCGUUGCACAACAUAACGCUGGCUUGAAUAUGUUCGCUCAUAAUAUUGUAACAGUUAAUGGAGAAUUAUGUUGGAGUUUACAGUAUCAUACUAACAUUACAAACAAGGAAGUGGCUCAAAUGUAUUCAAAUCACAUUCAAAAGUAUAUAAAUUUACUUGCAGAAUCAUAA